CGAAGGCUGAGUUUAGCCUCGUGAGGUCUUUGCCUAAGCCGCCCCCCUACUUCCGACCCCCUUCUCGGCUUCCUGGCCGCCGGAGCUGCUGGCAAGGGCAAAGUUACGACUCAGGCUGAGUGAGUUUGGAAAGAAGUGGUUGGUGUGGGUCUCCCUGGCCCAGAGGAGCAGCCCUACAUGCUUCCCCGAGCUAGAGAAGCGAGGCGGCACCCACGCCCUGGGGGAAGUGAAGCUGGGGCAGGAAGCCAAGGAGCGACACCGCGGUGGUGAAGGGCUCCUUCAACAGCGGCUGGAGCCCGGCAUGGCCGUUGCUGGGGACUUGUAGCUCUGGGGACCGAGGGCUGAGCCUGCAACCACCCGGCGAGCGGGAUGCGGGAAAAUCUCCUGGUCUGGACCUGGAUUCUCCUCCCAGGAUGCUGGGCUCUGAGGGGCCCUGCAGAGGUGAGCGGCUUCCCUGGGGGCUCCGUGGAGGUACCCUGCGAGUACGAGCCAAAGCUGGUGGAUGCCAAUAAGUACUGGUGCAGGGGCAGCAGCUGGUUUUCCUGCUCCAUCCUCGUUCAGACUACGGCCCCCGGCGAUAAGGCAAGGGGGGACAGGGUGUCCCUGCAAGAUGACCCCAGUCGGCACGUGUUCGUGGUGACCAUGGAGAACCUGAGCAUGGAGGACGGGGAUCAGUACUGGUGUGGGAUCCAGGUAGCCUGGUACGAUCCCAUGUUCCCCGUCAUGGUGUCUGUUCUCCCAGUGCCCAAGACAACACACUAUGACUUCCACACGACACAGGGGGAAGAGGCCACAUCUGCUCCCACCUUCCCAUGGACUCUCCUGGAGCUGGAAAACACCACAUCCACACCAAAAGUCAGAAGCCUGCAGGCUGACACCCCAAACCUGCUUGUCCUGGUCCUGACACCCUCUGCUGCGCUGGUGCUGGUUUUGGGCAUCAUCGUCUGCUGCAGGAUGAGAAGAGCAUCGCUGAAGAGGAGUGGAGCAGCCCGGGCCGCAGAGAGGAAGAGGUCCAAGGAGGACCUCCAGGUCACUGCAAGCUGGGAGCGAGCAGACGCUUCCAAUAACAUCUACAUAAACAUGGAACUCAGCUCGCCCGAGGAUGACUAUGAGAACAGCCCGGCCAAGUGGCAGGACUUUGAAAAAGGAGACAAAGUUUCAGUUUCCAGAGCUUCAGAACUGCAGCCGAUCUACAUGAACACGCGCUGAGCGGCUCCGCGCUUGGCCCCUCUCUGCCACCCAGCCUCCUGUGCAGACAUCAGGAUUUCAGCUGCGUACCCUGGGUGGAGGAGCUGCGGAAGGAAAAGCCCCUGUUUGGGUAGGUCUCAUCAUCUACCCAAAUAUAAUCACCCUGCUGCGAAAUGGAAACCUACACAGCAGUUUUAGAAAGAGGAAGGAAAACCACGAGGACAGAAAGAAAAAGAAGUGGGGAGAUGCUGCAGGAAGGACCUGCAGACAGCCCUGCAGUGGCAGCCUGGGCAGCAGGCGGCCAAGCUGGAGCUCAAGCUGGGGGAAGCUCGGCUCCAUCCCUGCCCUGCCAUGGGCCACAGGAGCUCCCUAGGACAACCCACGCCUCGUCAUCUGCAAGAAGAUCCAGUGCCAAAAGGGGAGUGGGAUCAUGGGGGGAGCCGCUGGCUGGAUCAGCUCCAGUGAUGCAGGCAUGCUCCCGAUUUUCCCCUGAGCCUCAGCAUGGUCAUACCUGAGAUACAAAAGCCAGAGGAGGAGGAGGAGGAAGCCCCACAUCAUCCCAGCCACUCUGUCCCAGUGAGCACCAUUGGCAGAUCUGACCCCCGGCUACACAGCCACAGCCCUCGGUGCUGUACGGCAGCUCCGGGCAAUGUCCUCAUCGCUCCCGCUCCACGCUCUCCGUAUAUCUCAUGUCUCCCACUUGCCCCCAAAUCAGCUCGGUGCUGCAGACCCCAGCAGAGCCCGGGGCUUGGGCCAGGCACCCACACCCUUGAGAGCUGGCAGGGCCUGGCAUGUCUCUCUCAGCUGAAACACAACCCAGGGGCUGAGCUGACGCCCUCUGAGCACCCAGGAGGCUGCAUCCAUCCUGGCAUCUCUCCUUAACCUGGCGGAGGGGGAGCACCAGGACACACAGCCUCCAGCACUCCCAGGAACAUGAGGUGGGCUCUGCAAAGAUCAAGCAAAGAUUAAAGCUCCCGUGCUGGUUUUGCCCCGUUUUGGCAUUGGAAGUUCUGCUCAGCUCGCGUGCUCCAGCAUCUCUCUGCAGCAGCCGUUUGGGGUGAAGACCCCUCCCCUCCUACACUCUCCUGCCAAGUGGGGUGCACAGGGUCCCAUGUCUCUUUUCUGUGGCUGCCCACCGUCCCCGGUGUGCUUCAGAUGUGCCAGUCUGCAAAAAACAUCUCAGGAGCUUUUCACUCGCAGCAGAAAACCCCCAGCCCUGAGGCGAAGCCCACUCAGAUAACAAUAACCUGGCAGCAGAGCAGCACCAUUCACCGCUGCCUCUUGCAUGAGCAAAAAAGCAGCGAAAGAAGCUGAGAGCGCACAUCAGCUCAGCGUCCCCCGGCUCACUGCCCUGCACGGGAGGCUGAUGCUUGUGGAUCUCCAGAGCAAACUGGGAUGAUGGGGAUAUCGCCAAGCUGGGGCUGGCUCCUUCUCCCAGGUGAGAACAGGCUCUGACUGCGCCAGCGAUGCUCUACCUCCCACUGGCACCAAGGGGCCAGGGCUGCUGAGCCGUCCCGGUGGGCACAGGCUCCACUUUGGGCACCGACGGAGCCAAAGCCUCCCAUCACCGCAGCCUCAUGUCUGGGG